AUGCCAUAUAUUCAGCCCGGUCUGCGCGUCUACGCCGAGUACCUCAGCGAGAUCACACCUGUGGACUACGAAGUUGACUCUCCCACAGACGGGUGGCGUCUGGCCGAUCUUGAUCUCGACUCGCGCGCGGCCAGUGUGGUUCGGAUCACGCCUGCGGUGCUCGCGCGUGCGCAGGAGAGACUCGACCUGUUGCCGCUGGACGUUGUGGAAGAUCUGGUGGAUCAUGGAGACAACGACAUGCUCGUCGAGCUCGCACUGAGAUACUAUGCAGGUUGCACACUUCCUCAAAGCACCGAAGCGGCCACUCGCCUGCUCGCGCACGUCAAUAUAAACCUCAAGUCCGAAUCCUUCCACCCAGACCUAGACGUGCACGUCGGCGCCGAGCGUCUCCGCGCACGCAUCGCGUUCGGCGAAUACCUCUCGACCACGAACGUCUUUGCACUUCAAGAUGCCGGCGCGCGGGCAGACAUUGCAGCAGCGGCGUGUAAGGACGAGGGCGAUUGCCCGUCGCAGCUGAGGAUUGCCGCUGCGCUGGAGAGGCAUUGGCAGGAUGGGGUGUUCGAUAUGCUUGGAUGGUUGCCGCCGUGCGAGAACUACGAUGCGUUGUGGAUUGCGUGGAGGGAGUACUGUUCUGCGCGGCGGCGGAAGCUGUCGCUGGGCGUCUCGGCAGUCGAGUGUGCGGCUCAUGGAUGUGAGGCGCGCAUAUGUUGGGGGAAGCCUCUUGCGCGGUGUGGAGGAUGGUGCCCGCUCGAGCUCAAGCCGGCAUAUUGUUCGAAGGAAUGCCAGAGACAGGAUUGGAAAGCCGCGCACAAGCCGGAGUGCUUUGCCAGCGGCCAGCUCGCGCAGCCGGUCUCGGGUUCUGGCUCGGGGUGUAAUACGCCGUUGUUGGCUCCCUUGUAG